CUAGGGCUUGUUUGCCAUCUUAGCCUUCCUAAUUCGAAACCCAUAUCUUCUGCUCUCCAUACUCUUCCCAAUUAAGUUUGCUUUUUGAAAGAUGGCCAAAAUAGCAUUUGGGCGCUUUGAUGAUUCUUUCAGUUUGGGGUCCUUUAAGGCCUAUCUUGCAGAGUUCAUCUCAACCUUGCUCUUUGUUUUUGCAGGAGUUGGUUCAGCCAUUGCUUACGACAAGUUGACAUCCAAUGCUGCUCUUGAUCCUGCUGGGCUAGUAGCCAUUGCUUUAGCCCACGGCUUUGCUCUCUUUGUUGCAGUCUCAGUUGGCGCCAACAUCUCUGGUGGACAUGUGAACCCAGCUGUCACCUUCGGAUUGGCUCUUGGUGGCCAAAUCACUGUCCUCACUGGCAUCUUCUACUGGAUUGCCCAGCUUCUUGGUGCCAUUGUUGCUGCCUUCAUCCUCAAGUUCGUCACCGGAGGCUUGACAAUUCCCAUCCACAGUUUGGCUGCCGGAGUUGGAGCCAUUCAAGGAGUAAUAUUUGAGAUCAUCAUCACCUUUGCUUUGGUUUACACUGUGUACGCAACAGCAGCUGACCCCAAGAAGGGCGCAUUGGGCACCAUUGCCCCCAUUGCCAUUGGUUUCAUUGUUGGGGCUAACAUCUUAGCUGCCGGCCCAUUCUCCGGCGGAUCAAUGAACCCAGCUCGCUCUUUCGGGCCUGCCGUUGCUAGCGGCGACUUCCACGACAACUGGAUCUACUGGGUUGGGCCCCUGAUUGGUGGUGGGCUUGCUGGGCUUAUAUAUGGCAAUGUAUUUUUUCACACAGAGCAUGCACCCUUAGUCAACGAGUAUUGAUAUGGUUGAAAAUUGAGUAUGUUGCAUGUGUUCCUUCCUAGCCAGUCCUUUUGCCUUCGUAAUAAAAGAAGGAAGAGCAAGUUUUUGUUCUUGCUUCUUUUUCUUAUCAACUUUCCAAUUAUUUAUUCUCAACUUGGAACCCUGUUUUAUUGUGCUGUUUGUAAAGCCCAUUUGUAGGUCACUUUUUCCUUGUGAAAAUGAAUGAAUUUGGUGAA